AUGUCUCCGUUUCGCAUCGUCGAGCACAUUGUGCCCACUCAGCACAUCAGGGAGUACCCAGGAGCGACGGCCAAUGAGCAGGAAAAGCCCCUGCAUCUGGCAGUGAAGCAGUAUAUUCCACUCGACAAUCCCAAUCCGCAACCCGGCGACGUGACUAUCCUCGCAGCGCAUGCGAAUGGCUUUCCCAAGGAAUUAUAUGAGCCUCUCUGGGAGGAGAUUCACGCUCGAUCGAAACAGAAUGGAUUCCGCAUUCGCAGUAUUUGGAUGUCCGAUGUGGCUCAGGAGGGCCAAAGCAGCGUGAUCAAUGAAGAUUCGCUUGGCAACGAUCCAAGCUGGUUCGAUCAUCCUCGAGACCUCCUCCACCUGGUCAAUGUCAAGCGCGCUGAAAUGCCCCGGCCGAUCGUCGGCAUCGGGCACAGCAUGGGAGGCGCUCACCUCGCACAACUAUGUCUAAUGCACCCGCGCCUCAUCCACACACUAAUCCUACUAGACCCCGUGAUCCAGCGACAGACAACCCAACUAGACGGUCUGAGCAUGGAACAAAACAUGCGCCGCAUCGCCAAGACCACCCAGCUCUCAACCUACAGACGAGACCUCUGGCCCUCCCGCCAAGCAGCCGCAGAAGGCUUCAAGCGAAGCCCCUUCUACCAAGCCUGGGACCCAAGAGUUCUCUCCCGCUGGGUCGAGCACGGCCUCCGCGAUCUCCCAACAGCUAUCCAUCCACUGGACCCAAAGGCCCAAAUUGGACCCGACGGACCCCCUGUAACCCUGCGCACACCGCUUCACCAAGAGGUCUUCACGUUCUCCCGACCUAAUUACCACCAUGCCCCCGGCAGCGGUAAGCCCGUCAAUCGCGUCACGCACCCAGACCUGGACGCAGAGCACCCGCACAACCACCCAUUCUACAGACCUGAGUCCGCGCGCAUCUUCUCACAGCUUCCCUUCUUGCGUCCUAGCGUGUUGUACAUCUUUGCCGGAAAGUCUGACAUGUGCACGCCUCCUAUGCGCGCCGACAAGCUCGCCCAUACGGGCGUUGGGCAGGGAGGCAGUGGUGGUGUUGCGGCGGGACGUGUGCGAGACGUGUUUUUGGAAGAGAAGGGCCAUUUGCUUGCGCAGGAAGCUGUUGAUGAGUGUGCUGAUGCGGCGGUUUGCUGGCUUGCGCCUGAGAUUCGGCGCUGGAAGGAUGAGGAAGAGAGCUUCCGGUCUGCUUGGAGUAAGAAGUCGAAGAUUGAGAAGAUGACUAUUGAUGCGGAGUGGUUGAAGAAUGUCCCGGCGCCGGCGCGCAGGCCUAAGGCCCAGAAGGGUGACUCGAAGUUGUGA